UGCGACCGAAUCCCAGCAUUAGAAGGGAAGGGAAGCUUCUUUUUCGUACCCUAUUCUCUACGAUCGCCGCCCCCCAAGCCAAAUCCACGCAUCGACGCGGCAGGAGCGGGCGGCUGCUGCGAGAUCGGCGGCGCCGCAGAUCUCGCGCCCACCAGCGGAGAUGAAGAUCACGGCGCUCCUCGUGCUGAAGCCGUCGUCCUCCGGCGGGGGAGCAUCCUCGUCCGGCGGCGGCGGCGGGUCGGGCGGCCCCGAGGCGGUGGUGCUGGCGAACGCGACGGACGUGAGCCACUUCGGGUUCUUCCAGCGGGGCGCCGCGCGGGAGUUCAUCGUCUUCGUCGCGCGCACCGUCGCCCAGCGCACCCAGCCAGGCCAGCGCCAGUCCGUCCAGCACGAAGAAUACAAGGUCCACUCACACAACAGGAAUGGUCUUUGCGCAGUUGCAUUUAUGGAUGAUCACUAUCCUGUACGAAGUGCAUUUUCUCUUCUGAAUAAGGUACUUGACGAAUACCAGAAGGCUUUCGGGGACUCUUGGAAAGCUGCUACAAAAGAUGCAACAGAUGCUGCCCAACAGUGGCCUUUCUUGACAGAUGCUUUGACAAAGUUUCAGGACCCUGCAGAGGCUGACAAGUUAAUGAAAAUCCAGAGGGACUUGGAUGAAACAAAAAUUAUCCUACAUAAAACUAUUGAGAGUGUGCUCCAAAGAGGGGAAAGAUUGGAUAGCUUGGUUGAGAAGAGUUCAGACCUGAGUGCUGCUUCACAGAUGUUCUACAAGCAGGCAAAGAAAACAAACCAAUGCUGUACUAUACUCUGAAGUUUGGACUUUCCUGUCCUUAAGAUGAAGACUCCAGAAGCCGACCGAUACUGUUUAGUUCUACAGUAAGAUCAAUUGCCGUGAAUCGUGCCAAAGUAAAACUGUCAAAACUAUUAUUCUUUGGUGAUGAAGGAACCUUCCAGGGUUUAUGUUCCAGAGCAACUAACACAUUCAUUGAACUGCAUGUCCCGCCAGCAAUCGCCAACAUCUUGUUUCCACUGGAUAGAUUGUUGAAUUCUCAAAGCAUGUUGGAGUACACGCUCUGUUUGCUACUCGUAAUUUAUGUUAUUGAUAUGAUUGGUAUUUGAUGUCUCUACUAUGACUACAGUAUUUUAAAGGUACACUCGAUUACAUUGCCGGUAAUAGGCAUAUAGUAGUUGCGUACCAUGUCGAGUUGAUCAUGAGUUCAUGACCAGCCCCGUGUGAAA